GGGAGGCGUAGCCGGUGUGGGGAAGGAGGCGGUGUUGGCGGAAGGGGUUCGGCGGCUGAUGGCGGCUCGGCUUCGGGAGCCUGUCUGACGUUCUCCCUCGGUGCGGAGGCCUGCGCCAGAGUCACAAUGACAUCCUUUCAAGAAGUCCCAUUGCAGACUUCCAACUUUGCACAUGUCAUCUUUCAAAAUGUGGCCAAGAGUUAUCUUCCUAAUGCACACCUGGAAUGUCAUUACACCUUAACUCCAUACAUCCAUCCACAUCCAAAAGAUUGGGUUGGUAUAUUCAAGGUUGGAUGGAGUACUGCUCGGGAUUAUUACACUUUUUUAUGGUCGCCUAUGCCUGAACAGUAUGUAGAAGGAUCAACAGUCAAUUGUGUACUAGCAUUUCAAGGGUAUUACCUUCCGAAUGACGACGGCGAAUUUUACCAGUUCUGUUAUGUUACCCAUAAGGGUGAAAUUCGUGGGGCUAGUACACCUUUCCAGUUCCGAGCUGCUUCCCCUGUUGAAGAGCUGCUUACUAUGGAAGAUGAAGGGAAUUCUGACAUGCUGGUGGUAACGACGAAAGCCGGCCUUCUGGAGUUGAAAAUUGAAAAAAUCAUGAAGGAAAAAGAAGAACUGUUAAAGUUAAUUGCUGUUUUGGAAAAAGAAACUGCACAACUUCGAGAACAGAUUGGAAGAACGGAAAAAGAACUUAACCAUGAGAAAGAAAGAUGUGAGCAGCUCCAGGCAGAGCAGCAGGGUUUUAUGGAAGUGUCACAAAGUUUAAAAUUGGAGAAUGAGGAGUUUAAGAAGAAAUACAGCGAUGCAAAAGCCAAAGCCCUCCAGCUUGAAGAAGACAUUGUGUCAGUGACACACAAAACAAUUGAGAAAGAAACCGAACUGGACAGUUUAAAGGACAAACUCAGGAAGGCACAGCAUGAAAGAGAACAACUUGAAAGUCAGUUGAAGACAGAAAAGGACGAGAAGGAACUUUAUAAGGUACAUCUGAAGAACACAGAAAUUGAAAAUACCAAGCUUGUGUCAGAGGUCCAGACUUUAAAGAAUUUAGAUGGGAACAAGGAAAGUGCUAUUACUCAUUUCAAAGAAGAAAUUGGAAGACUGCAGAUGUGUUUGGCUGAAAAGGAAAAUCUGCAAAGAACUUUCCUGCUAACAGCCUCAAAUAAGGAAGAUACAUUUCUCUUAAAAGAGCAACUUCGUAAAGCAGAAGAACAGGCUCAAGCAACUCGACAGGAGGUUGCCUUUUUGGCUAAAGAACUUAGUGAUGCUGUGAAUGUGCGAGAUAAAACCAUAGCAGAUCUACAUACUGCACGCUUGGAGAAUGAGAAAGUGAAACAGCGCUUAGCUGAUGCAAUGGCAGAACUUAAACUGAACGCAGUUAAAAAAGAUCAGGAAAAGAGUGACACAGUGGAACAUGAACUGAGAAGAGAAGUUGAAGAUCUGAAACUUCGUCUCCAAAUGGCUGCAGAUCAUUACAAAGAAAAAUUUAAGGAAUGUCAGAGGCUUCAAAAACAAAUAAACAAACUUUCAGACCAAUCAGCCAAUAAUAAUAAUAGCUUCACAAAGAAAAUGGGCAAUCAGCAGAAAGUGAACGAUGCUUCCAUCAACACUGAGACAGCCAGUGCUGCUGCCACUGCAGACGUAAACCCAGCCCUAGCUGCAGCAGAGGCAGAUUUUGAUGUGCUGACCAAGGGACAAGUCUGUGAAAUGAACAAAGAAAUUGCUGACAAAACAGAAAAAUACAAUAAAUGUAAACAACUCUUGCAGGAUGAGAAAACAAAAUGCAGUAAGUAUGCUGAUGAACUUGCGAAAAUGGAGCUGAAAUGGAAAGAACAAGUAAAAAUUGCUGAAAGUGUAAAAGUUGAACUGGCUGAAGUGAAGGACAAUUAUGAACUGCAGUUGGCUGAGAAAGAUAAGGAAAUAAAUACUCUGACUUCGUAUUUGGAAAACUUCUCCAGAGAAAAGGAAUUUAAAAGGAAGCUGGACAAUAAAACAGAAAGGAAAAUGGAAGGUCAGAAUUCUCAGAGUUCUGCGCGGGUUUCACAGUGUCUCCCCACAUCCUCAGAACAAAAUGGUCAUGUUCCUGCACUGUCCAGUGCACAGCCAGUUCUGCAGUAUGGUAACCCUUACAGCACCCAAGAAAUAAGAGAUGGAGCAGAUGGUGCUUUCUAUCCAGAGGAAAUCCAGAGGCCACCUGUGAGAGUCCCCGCGUGGGGCCUGGAGGACAGUGUGGUCUGUAGCCAGCCUGCUCGAAACCUGAGUCGGCCUGAUGGUUUAGAAGACCCCGAGGAUAGCAGAGAGGACGAGGCUAUGCCUAGUGCUCCCGACCCUUCAAGUCAGCGUGGACGCGGGCAUGGAACAGGCUUCUGCUUUGAUUCCAGCUUUGAUGUUCACAAGAAGUGCCCCCUCUGCGAGUUAAUGUUCCCUCCCAACUACGAUCAGAGCAAAUUUGAAGAACACGUUGAAAGCCACUGGAAAGUGUGUCCCAUGUGCAGCGAGCAGUUCCCGCCUGACUACGACCAGCAGGGCUUUGAAAGGCACGUCCAGACCCAUUUUGAUCAGAAUGUUCUGAAUUUUGACUAGGUACUUUUUGUUAUGAGUUAAUCACAUUUAGAAGUUAGAAGUAAAAAUCACCUCAAAUAAUAGACCACUAAGGAGAGCCCAAGGUAUCCCGUUCCUGUACCCUCUGCUUUCUGACCAAGAGCUACUUCCAGUUUGGUGAUACUAGAGGCAGGGGCAGUGUUUGGCUUACCAAUAAACCGAAUCUUAACCUCUGUUCUUCCUACCUGCUUAAGAAAAUAAGUUCUUGUGUGUUUAUAUAUUUAUUCUCCUGUUUGCAAAAUUGUAUGAAGAAAAUACAGGAAUUAUUUUAAUGUCAUUGCACUGAAAAAUGUUAUUAGUGUGCUAGAUUAUUUAGCAGAAUAUUUACAUGUUUCUGUUGACUUUGUUGAUUGAGCAUGACUACUAAAUAUGUAAUAAAGAGCAUUGAUAAGCUUUACAAAGUAGUCCUUUGAAUGCUAUGAAAUGAUAGUUUUAAGUGAAGCUACAUGUUCUGUGAGAUCACAUACUUGCAAAUAAAUCUUUUUAGAAAUGUCAGUUUCAGGCAUUACUGGAAAGCAUAUUUUACUAACUUUAUGGCAGAUGACCUGAGUGAUUAUUUUUAAGCAAGCUUAAAGUUGUAUUUCUACCUAACAGGAUAAUGGAACAAGAUGUGUAAGUACAAUUAUUUUCAUAUUACACAACAUUGGUGUUGGUGGCACAAACAUCACAAUGUGUAUUUUCACUUUUUUCUGGUGAGAAUAUAUGUUUGAAAUAGUAUUUAGAAAAUAAUUAAAACCAUAAUGGAUAAA